AAUAGCAAUCAGCUGUUCGAUUCACAUGUUUUUUGUUUAGUUUGUAGUCAAAAUGCAGUUAAAAAUCUCAAAAAAUGCAUUGCAAGUUUGUGGACAAUUUAUUCAGCGAAAUUUGUUUCAAUUCGGGAAACGGGAUAAGGGCCAAUGGGAUAAGAUAACAGCCACCGGCAAUGUUUCGGAAGAGCGCAGCGUUCCUGAGCACAUAAUAAAACCGCCCUACUACUACAAACAAAUGGGUGCAGGCAACACAAUGGGAAGACCCGAAAUAAAAACGGCAGACCAAGUAAAUCAGAUGCGAUCCAGCGGCAAACUGGCCGCCCAAAUUCUUCGACAAUGUGGCCAAAUGGCGAAAAUCGGCAUGACUACGGAUGAGAUCGAUGAGUUUGCCCACGAGCGCAUUGUGGCACACAAUGCAUAUCCAUCGCCGCUGCGUUACGCCGGAUUCCCCAAGUCCGUGUGCACCUCCAUUAACAAUGUGGCUUGUCAUGGUAUUCCGGACGAUCGCCAAUUGCUCGAUGGCGACAUCAUUAACAUUGAUGUAACAGUUUAUUUGAAUGGUUAUCACGGGGAUUGCUCCGAGACCUUCUUGGUUGGUGAUGUAGACGAGCGUGGACAGUAUCUGGUUAACUGCACGCGCGAUUGUCUCAGCAGAUGCAUAGCGCUCUGUGGUCCGGGCGUUGCAUUCAAUGAGAUUGGCAAAUGCAUUCAGAGAUUUUGCAAGGAUCAUGAUCUGGAAUCGGUGGCAGCAUUUAUUGGCCAUGGCAUAGGCAGCUACUUUCAUGGUCCGCCCGAGAUCUAUCAUUACGAUAAUGAGGUGCCUGGUCAAAUGGAGCCCGGCAUGACCUUUACGAUUGAGCCAAUCUUGUCUCUCGGUGGUGGAGAGAUUGGCAUCUUGGAGGAUGGUUGGACAGCACUCAGCUUGGAUAAUUCUCGAAGUGCACAAUUCGAGCAUACAAUUCUAAUUACCGAUUCUGGCGUUGAGGUGCUCACCACAAAGGAUGUCUGAUAGCCGUCGAGUGAAGGAUCAAUCAAUUUGUAUAUAAUUUUGGUGUGAAUAUUUAUUGCAAAGUUAAGAGCCUUCUAUUUUUAACAUAAAGAAGUGUGUUGUUAAUAAUAAAUACUUAUGCCGGCUUGCAUGAUAAUUUA